AAAUGGGGUGAUGUAUAUCUUAUUGUGCUGCUGUCUUUUACUUCUUUAGGAGCAGUGCUUACCAUUGUUGUUGGGAUCAUCUUCCUUGCACACUGGAAUACCCCUGUUGUGCGCUCAUCUGUUGGCCCAAUCAGCAUCCAUCUCCUCCUUUCCCUUAUGAUCACAUUUACUAGUGUUAUAUUAUUUGGUGGUCCACCCAAUAGCUAUCAGUGUCAAGCACGGCAGGUGGUGUUUGGCUUAAGUUUUACCUUAUGUGUCUCCUGCAUCAUGGUCAAGUCCUUUAAGAUCGUCUUAGCCUUUGAGUUUGACCCGGUCAUUCAAAGUGUGCUGAAGAAGCUCUACAAGCCUUACCUCAUUAUUGCAGUCUGCAUGGCAGGUCAAGUGGUUAUUGUUACAACGUGGCUUAUACACAGUCCUCCAAUUGCUGACUCAGAGAUCACACAGAACAACAUGAAACUGAUGUUUUGUAAUGAGAAAUUAAUUCCUGCAUUUGGAGCCAUGUUAGUCUAUAUUGGCCUUUUGGCUCUCAUCUGCUUUGGUGUUGCUUUUAAGGGACGAAAGUUGCCUGACUGUUACAAUGAUGCAAAGUUCAUCACUUUUGCAAUGCUCAUUUACUUCAUCUCCUGGAUCAUGUUUGGUCCAGUCUAUGCCAAUGUCACAGGCAAGUACAUUCCAGCAGUGGAGAUGGUUGUUAUCCUCAUCUCAGCCUACGGCAUCUUGUUUUGUCAGUUCUUCACAAAGUGCUACAUUAUUCUGUGUAAGAAGGAAGCAAACACAGAGAAAUCAUUCCGCCGGGAUAUUAGGAAUUAUUCCAUGGAUCACAAAGGCAGUGAGGAUGAGCUGUCAUCUAAGGGAAUUCAAAACCCUACUUUAUCUUUAUCUUUGGAGUCAUUCCCAAAUUCCCAAUUUUCAGACUCAAUCACUGAUUGGAGUUCCACCAGGCAGCCUAGACAACACCAUAUUGAAGUUCGCAGAAGCAGCUUUAGAUACCUGGGUGUCUACAUCACUGAGGACCUCACCUGGUCACUGAACACCACACAGCUGGUCAAGAAGGCUCAACAGCGGCUGUACUUCCUGAGGAGGCUGAGGAAAUUUGGUUCGUCGGGCAAGAUCCUCAGCAGGUUCUACAGCUGCAUUGUGGACAGCACAUUGACCAGCUGCAUCACUGCAUGGUACGGCAGCACUACUGCUAUGGACCGCAAAUGCCUGCAGAGAGUGAUAACAACUGUGGAGAAGAUCAUCGGGACCCCGCUGCCCUCUCUGCAAAGCAUCUACCAUCACAGAGUCCAAAGGAGAGCUGCCUCCAUUCUCAAAGACUUCACACACCCCCAACAUAGACUGUUCACUCUUCUGCCCUUGAGACAAAGCUUCAGCGUCAGCAUCAUCCACGCCUGCAGCUUCAGCUUCAGCAUCAGUCUUGCCUGGUCCAGCCUCUGCGUCUUCAUCCUCGCCAUUGCCAGCAGUGCCAACACCUGCUCCAAUGCCUGCAGCUUUCACACCAUCACCGAUAGCGUCACCAUCCGCAGCUGUCACGCCGCCGUCUAG